AGUAAUACCCAUGGUUACACUGUAUACCGCGUUAGUACGGACAGUGACGGGUAAUGAUCAACAUCCACACACUAUAUUUCUGUUCUCUGUUCAAAACGUGAUUUUUUGUGGCCAGUAUCUUUUUUGGAAACAAGAAAAGGGUUACACCAUGUCCAGCGCUGUUUACCUCCGGACCCUGGGCUACAUAGCCACGAUCAUCCUCCAUGUGGGUAACAUGCUGCUGAUGGGUGCCCCCAAGCCCAAGGAAGCCGCUGAUGAUGUACGGCUCCAAAUCUUUGCCAGUUUACAAGCUAGAUAUUUAACUGUUUGGACUUUUACACUUCAAGUAAUAUUCGCCAUUUCCGGGCUGAUGUGUGAUUGUCUUACGCUAAAGAACUCCAAAACCAAAGGCUACAGGUUACCUAAGUACCUCAAAGGGUUCAGAGAUACGCUAUUUGCAGCUAUCAUAUGGCCAUCUGUUCUUGUCGUAUCAACAACAUUUUGGCCGCUUUUUUACUACGACAGGAGUCUAGUGUUCCCAGAAUUCCUGGAUAAAGUGGUAACUUCCCAGUCGAACCACGUGAUGCACACAAUAAUAGUACCCCUGGCCGUUUGGGAGGUACUAUUUCAACCCAGAACCACUCCGAAAUCGCAUUUGAGAAAUGUCCUCCACAUUUUCUUCCAUUUUGGUUUAUACCUCGCUGUACUUUUCUACACAUUUAUCGAGAAAGACUUAUGGUUGUACCCGAUUUUGGACAAAAUAUACGGAACAGUAUACUUCUACGUUUUCAUUGGCGCUGUGUUCGUCAACAGUUUAUUGUUUUACUCUUUACAAUGGCCUAUUACUGAAAUUUUUUGGGGGAAAACAAAAAAAACAAUGAAAAAGAAAAAUUGAUAAGAGUUGGAUUUUUAUAAAGGCAGCUGCGCUUUCUUUACAAAAAGGUUCUGUGUUAUACCCGUGUAUGUUCGAGAUUUUCUCGAAAAGUUAUGAAACAUUUUUGUAAGGGUCAUCAUUAGUGAAUUACCCGUAUCUUCGGGAAGGUUAAUAAUAUUUAAGAAUCUGAUGGCGAUAUUCGAUGAUACACAUUGAAAUUCUCUAAUAACAAAUGGAAUGGAGAGAAAUCUUCGAGAUUGUUGUAAAUGAUAAAACGAAAGAAAACAUUUCUUACAAAAAAAUAAACAACUUACUAUCAGAGAAAAAAAAAAUUUACAAACUAAAAAAUAAAAAAUUCAAACCAGUAAUCGAAAGUUAUGCUAAUAAAUAGAAAAGUAAUUAAUUUAAUAAAAACUUAAAUCUAAAGCUAAGAAAUCUUUUUAUAAGUACCCUUCUUAGGAGGGGAAACACUCUUUAGUGGUAUAUGUCUUAUGUAUGCAGAUGAUUCCUUCUCAUGAGCUACCUCUUGCUAUAUAUAUCUUAAAGUUUGAGAUUUUUGUAACAGUCAAGUAAUUUUUUAUGCCUUACCUUUUUUGUGUAUGUAAUUUUGCGCAACAGAUCUCAUUCCCUGUGUAAAGGGAUAAUGCUGUCAGCCUUCUGGGCACGUUUUUUGCGGGCAUUUUCUUAUACCUCCGUUCUAUUUGUGAUGAAUUUAAAUUUAAUUCAACUGGUCUGAAACAUUAUUUAAUAAUUAUAACAAAUGUUAUACAUAUAUAGCUGCUGUUUCGUAUAAAAUGCAUUUUUCUUAAAAUUUUAUAUCUGUUUUCAAAAUAUUAUUAACACAGUAAAAUUUUCUUAAUUAUGUAUAUUGUUUAAUCAUUGUAAUAAAACAAUAAGAAAAUCAAUAUAAAUUAUAAAAACUAAUUAAAAUAAUUAUAUAUCACGAAACAAACUAUAUUUGUUAAAAAAUCAAAAUGUUAUUUUAAGCAGAGAAAUGUUUUUAAAAAAAGUUAUUUAUUUAUUUUAAUAAAGAAUUACUACAAAAUUUCA